GUUUUCAUGCUUUCAGUGUUACCUGGAAUUCCCUUGUGUUUUCAUUUGGACCUUUUUAGAUUUAGCUUUGUUGUGCUUUUGUAGUGAGUUUUAGUUUCACUGUUAUUUUGUGAAUGAGCAGAUGUCCCCCGCCAUCUCAGCGCAUGCACAACACAUGCAGCAACUGCCAGGAUCAGGAUUUGGAAGCCUCUCUUUGGUUGUUAUAGUAACCGUGAUGUAAGCCCAGAGGGGGAGUUCGCCCUCUCUCUCUCUCUUUCAUUGUGUGUGUGUCAGUGUGUGUGUGAGUGUGUGUGUGUGUGUGUUUGUGUGUUGUAGUGCAUGCGUGUAUGCAGCAGCCGAUGACCAGAUUUCAAACUGUGGGACGAAGGAGCCGGAGGAAGGAAAGACUGAAGCGGAGGAUAAAAGGAGAGGAAACGACGAGAGAAGAGAAGAAGUGGAGGAAACUUUUUGAUGUUGAGGUUAAGCGCCUCUCACUGAUGAAAACAAGGACUUUUGCCCCACCCACACCCCCACAGCUCCAUCAUGGCUGACAAAAAACUCUCAGGUGUACCCUCUCCCUCCCUGUCUUCACCGUCUCAUCAGAACGGGAGAAUUGGGGGAACAUCAUCCAAGAGCUCUCCACGUCCCCAUCGUAAUGGCAGCCUGGAGUCUAGACCAGGAUACCACAGCAGUCCCAGCAACGCCAGGGCUGCUCCCCAGCCUCAGUCUGCAACCAGCAGCAGAACAUCCAGCUCUAGUUCACCCCUCAGGACCCUCAUGGGUCUUAUGACUUCUUCAGCACAUAGUAGUGGUUCUGAAGGCAGCUCCACAAGACCCCGGGGUCAGAGUCUUGGCUCUGCUCUGAGCUCCAGGACCAGAACUUCAUCUUCCAGGAGCAAGCGUAGGAGCAGCCAACAGGAGGAGCCAGAAGCCUUGUUAGACCUGAUCCUGGAGUGCCAGGGUCAGAGACUGGAUGACCAGAGAGCUAGUGUCAGCUUGCUGCCAGAUCCAGGAGCAGCUGCUCUGUGUGGGGCCUGCAGCCAAGAUCAGCCGGUACUGCCCAGUCUGGACUUCUACUACAUGCUCAUACACUACCAGUCUGACAGGAUGGAGGACCAGAGGUGCUCCCUUCCUGAUCUGGACGAUGUGGUCGGCUCGGUCCCGGAGGGUCAGGAUGACUUCUUCAGUUUGAUUCAGAGAGUUCAGUCCAGGAGAAUGGACGAGCAGAGAGCCUCGAUGUUGGCGACACACGACGAGGACGACGAACACAUCAACACUGCUGGCUCCUCUCCUCCUCUUCAUCCUCAUCGUCAUCAUCACCCUCAAUGAUGAACAUCAGAAUGUGAAGGUGUUCUUCGGAGGCUCUCGCAGGGACAGUGUUUGACUGAGGACCAGAUCCUGCACCGGUUCUACGUUUCAGUGUUUUGGAUCUUGUUUUUGAUGGACAUUUGGAAUGGUCUGAGCUGUUGUUGUUGUUGUAACACAUCCACCUGCAGGAUUCAGACUGAACCCAGCCUCUGUUGAUGUGGAAACACCCAUCACACUUCUGAUGUAAACAGCAAUAAGAGACUCUUAAAAGUAACACCUUGAGGGCCUGAUCUUAUCAUGGCCAAAUGAACUGUAUGAUACAUUGAUGUUUUGGGUCCUGACCCUGGUAGUUAAAGGUUCCCCCAGUUUUACUGUGGACCAGUAGUAGUCUAAUAUGGAUGUAACAAUGGAUUUGAAUAUUUUAAAUGUCAUCUUUACUAAUGUUUUCUGUGAAAGGACAAUGUAUUCACCUUAUUUGUAACAACUCCAAGCUCGUGUGUGGCUGCCUGAAGUUAAUAUUGAUGCCUAGAUACGACAAAAGUAAACCACACCAUCAUCAACAUAAAGAUUAACAAAAGUUCCUCAAAGGAGCUUUAAGGAUACUCAUCAAAGGCUUUAAGGAAGAACUAUGAAGAGAAACGGAUUUGUCUUUAAGAAAGAUCCACACAGAGACAGAUAAGAUCUGAAAUAACUUCAUACAGAUGUUUACUAAAAUAAAUGUUGUGGACUUUUUUCCUCAUCAAAAUUGAAUUUGCACAUUUCUUUUUUAGAAAGCUGUUGUAGCACCUCGCUCUUUUGGAAUUAGUCAUAAAAUAACAACAAAAGCAGUUGUUAAAACCGACAACAAAUAACUUUAUUGGUUGUGUUAAAUUAUUGUGUCUUUAUUCUUGUGACAGCUGUGCCAUUAUCUCAUUGUAUUUUAUCACUCAUUUUCUUCUGAUUAGCUAAACUCCUCUGUUUACAUAGAGAAUUUAUGGAAUUGGGUCCACAUUGAUAUCAGUCCUGUUGUGUAUAGGAAGUAGAAUAAGUGAUGUUAACAUCAGUAGAUAUCUUAACAUGUCAUAAAAACUAUAUUUUGAACUCCUUUCUCAUGUUUAAAGCUCCUGUGAGGAACUUUCUGAUUGU